UAUGCUUGGUACCUGCCGGUCCUGGGUAGGUCCCAAUGGCUCGUGUUGACAUUUCUGCAUCUGCCCACUCUCAUUCUCAGCCUUAUUGAUGGCGCUAUCCCUCUUUCCAAGCUUUCUGGUAGCUUUCCUUUUCAUGGAACCACGUUUCCUUCAGCUCUCGUUUUUUAUGUAAGUUGGUCGCAGCUAGUCAUACGGACGGAAAAUCAUAACUCGGCUUGAUUUUUUAAGCUAGGAAGAGCUUCCUAGCUGCUUGUUGCCGGGCUGACGAUUGCUCAUUAAAGUUGUGCUGUGAGAAAAUCCUUCGAGGUACAGCUUGCCAGGUUCUUGUCCAGUCAGCUCACGAAGCCGUUGUCCCGUUGGAUAUUCGGAGUUUCUAGCUGGAGGAAUCUGAGAGCUUCGCUUACAUAGCUAGCUUUCGUCCCGACUAUACAUAUAAGCUAAGCUAAGAGCUCUAGAUUGUUUACUUCGUCAGUCGCUUAUCGCCCAAACUCCUCGUUACGCUCUUAGCAUAAGAGUCGCUCGCUUAUACGGACGGACGGACAGACGGACGCUCGCUACGAGGACACUCGUUGAAAAUUAGGACCAAUUCAAAAUCCCGAGUCAUCAAAGAACCUAUCUCGAAGCUCCUAGCUACGUUAUAAUGGUUCGAGUACAAUGUCUUGGGGCAUUGUCCCUCGCCUUGGCUUCAAUCGCGAAGGCGUCUUAUUCAGAAGCCCAUUGGUAUCCCACGUACCCCCACAGCAGCGAAUGCGAAAAGGAGACUGUUACCGAAACAAAAACAAAGACUAAGACCGAGGUUGAGACUUGCUAUGAAACGACAACGGUCUAUGGAGUCAGCACAGUCUUCGCUACUGUUAGUUAUGGAUAUACGGUCACAAGCGACGAGUUCAUUACCACCUCAGUCACUUUAACCGAGACCGAGACUGAGGAAGAGACGAUUACAGCCUCUUUCACUCUCACUAGUGAAGAGACGACAACACAAACUACUACUUACACGUCAUUAGUCCCCACUGUUACGACGGAGGUCCUCACUUUUACAACUCGGAUCCCGACUACAGUUGUCUCUGAAGAGACUUUGACUACAACAGAGUACAGCACGUCUGUUUAUACAAGUGUGUCAACAUACUCGACAAGCGUCUUGUCGACACUCACCAGCAUUCUAACAACGACUGAUGUGUCUGUCUCCGUUUCGCCGACUACCUCAUUUGUCACUCUCAUCUCUACCACCACAUUCCUCACGGUUUCCGAGGUUACGCUUACCGAUUCGGUAGUGAGCCCUACGACGUUUACUACAACGCAGCUUAUUACGAAUGUGGUUCCAACUACCAUAACUGGUCCUCCGAUCACGAUCACGCAAACUCCACAGACCGUAACUGUGUCAUCCGUUAUCACUGCCGUAACUACCUGCACCAUCUCCUCUGAUGCCCCGAGUGUCACGGCUCCGACAUAUGAUGUGACCUCCAAUUUAACUUGGGGAUGCCAACCUGGAUUUAUCUGUUCACCUCCAAUGGAGAAUGGAUGCAAUGUCUGGGCAACUCCACCAAACAGGUCAUAUGUUUGCGAAAGCUUGAGCUACUGUAAAGAGGCUCCGGACUAUAUCGCGGUUCGUUGGCCCAAUUUCGAGACGGGGCACUAUGAAACUACCCCCGGUUACUUUAAUCUUGCGCCACCUGCUUUCGGGUUGAGCUAUGAUGUGUUCGCUGUUGAAAAUAUUGAGACGACCGUAACAUCGUCGGGCAAAACCUACGUUACCACUAUCGAAACUGGCAACUGGGGUUCCCAGGCAAGUAUUACCGCCUUUUCAACGGCCAUAGACAGCUAUAUCCCAUACAAACCGGUCAGUAAACGCUCACCUACGCUACCGGCGUCUUGUUACGAUAGUUGCAACAGCGCUAUAUUAGAGGCCCAGAAAGUUGGCAAAAGCGCCACCCUUUGCAACGAAGGUUCUAUAUUCCGGUCCUACAUGAAUUCCUGUCAUAAUUGUGCCGCAGAGCAAGUAAACUGGGAAGAUGCAACCAGGGAUUACCUAAUACCUACUCUCGGCCAAUACCUCGAUUAUUGCAGUGCGACCAACCCUGUUCCUGUCCUGAACCUAACUAGUCCUGCAAGUGAGGUUACGACCACCGGCGCCGGUGGUUCUACGGUUAUUGGAGGUUCGGCGGCCACCACGACUGGCUUUUCAGCUUUGCCCACCUCUAAUUCAGCAUCAGCAACUUCUACUAGCAGUAGUGCCGGUAGCAGCAGUGGCAGCACUAGCAGUGCCGGUAGCGGCGGCAGCAGCACCACUAGCAGCAGCUCACCUACGAUCACAACGCCUGCUACAGUUCCGGGAAACACCACCGCCCCGUCUACAAUCCCCACCGCUGGGGCCCCGGCUGUCGCCCUGAGGGGCGAAGCUGUGUCGAACUCCAUCCUCGCCCUAAUUUCACUCUUAUUCUUCAUCUGAUGCUCUCAGAUACACUUAAUGUUUGAAUAUAGUAUAACUAUUAAAAAAUAACAAUAUAAACUUUCAGUUCAUAUCUAUCCUUCUGGCCAAUUACAUUUAUAAGGCCUAAUGAUACAUUAAUGGCGGUUACACGGUGGGCGGGUUGGGCAUGACAUUGGUUGGCUGAAGAGCGUGUAUGGGUUCACUCAUUUUCACAAUCUCUGGUGGCACGGCAAUGGUACCUAUGUCUUAGGUAGUUGCACCAUUGGGCAUAAUACGGAAUUGGCAAAAAGGCAUACUCAUGAUACCCCUGGGGUUGCUACGCUCCUUAUACAAAGACCCGACACGGCUACACGCGAUUGAUGAUUUAGCAUAUUUCGAAAGGAAUUAGGAAUUUUCCUAAUGGGCUUAAUGGACUUGACUGAAGUACAUUUGGUGGGGGAGGAAGAUGCAGACGAGCAGACCUCGCAAUCGGUUAUACAUACACUUCGAUGUACAUAAUUGCAGGAGAGAUUGGAAGUGGAGUGUAGUCUACUAAGACGGCAUUCUACUAGGAAAGGUUACGGCUAGGAGUAGUGUAUUGUUUCUCUGGCUCCUUCGCCAAAUGUUGAGGAGCAAUACAUUCUUCAGUGAAACGAAACGGUUACUCUAACUUAAACCACUGUGUGAUAUGAAAGUAAUGAUCUAAAAGGGGCAAAAACUUCGGUCUGCAGUUAAAUUAUGAAAAGACAUGCAUAAUCA